UUUGAAUCCGAAGAGCUGAGCUGACAAGAUGCUGAACGAUAUCUGCAGAGUGUGCGGUAGGCAGCUGGGUCUCCAGAAGGGCUUAAAUCUUUUUGAUUUAGUCAAUAAAAGAUAUAUAAAGCAAUUACACAUGAUAACCGGACUAAGGUUGGAACCCUAUCCAAAUACUCCCGAUUUUAUGUGUCUACGCUGCAAGUCGGAUCUGAGAUCGGCAUUAGCUUUCCGUAGACUUUGUAUCAAGACCCAGCAGAAGUGGAUCGCCAUCGAGAAGGAAACUUCGUCUAGCGAAACGGAAAGUGAAUCGAAAUCUGAGCUCGAAUCGGUCAAUUUUGCUGACUCUAGUACUUUAUUGGGGAACGACGAUAAAAGGGAGCUAAAAGAAACUUUUCAUAUUCCUAAUAAAGAGGAGCCCCUGGAGCUCCAAGAAACUUUUCAAAUACUUAUUAAAGAGGAGCCCUUGGACGAAAGUCUGAUUCGAGAGCAGGAGUGGCAAGAGAAAGAGGAUUGUAUUCCAAAGAUAGAAGACCAGAAGAUUCCAAUAACAACUCAAGAACCCAAUCCCAAAGAUAAGAUCUUCAUAUGCGAGCUGUGCGGUACGCAUGCCACCAGCAAACCUUCUUUUCAACGCCACAUGAGAAAACACACGGGCGAGCGACCGUUCUGCUGCAAGGACUGUCAGGCAAGGUUUCUCUCUCCUGCGGAACUGCGUGCCCACUAUCGUGUCCACACCGGUGAGCAGCCGUAUGGCUGUCGCUAUUGCGAGAAGCGGUAUGUCAGCUACAUGGGAAGGAUGAAGCACGAGAGGACUCACACCAACGAUCGGCCCUUCGUCUGCGAGGAAUGCGGCAAGUCCUAUACCGACGCCUACAUUCUGAAGAAUCACAAGCUUAUCCACACGGGCGAGAGGCCGUUCAAGUGCGAUCUUUGUGACCGAUCCUUUCAGAGAAAAACCCAUUUGUCGGCGCAUUUCCGGUCGAUCGUCCACCACCUAAAUGUCGAAAGCCAGGAAAGCAACGCUGUAAAUAAUAAUGAAGAUAAAAUUUCUAAAGCUUGCGUAUUGUAAAAGGUAACAUUUCCUGAACAACAAAAGGGGAUAACAUUUUAAAUUUGUAAACAUUUUAAAAAUAAAACUACAAAAAAGGUA